AUGCUGACCAACUGCAUGGGCAUGGCCUUCGAGGAAGAUAAGAUCAUGCGAGUCAAGAUCGCGAAGUUCGAACAAGAUCUGCAAGUUCUCAAGCUGGAGGCGGACAUGGACGCGUCGUCUUGCAGAGAAGCCAGCCGCAUGGAAGCGUUGCGCCGGAUGGAGAUCACGAGAGGUCUCAACCAGGCAGCCAGGGACAGGAGCAGGGCCGUACGCCUGGAGAAGAUGCGUUGGGCCGUGAGAGACGUCCGUCGCAACGUUAUCAAGCGAUCGCGAAAAGACCUUCAGCGGUUCAGAGAGCUGGCACGGGCCGAGCGCCCCCUCGAAGUCAAGCAAACCUUGAGCUACGAGAAGCGGCGAGAUCAGGAGAGAGACGAGGAAGCGGAGGUCCGCCAGAUGGAACGCGAUGCUCGAAAAGAACGCCUCGCCGUCAGAGAGGUCUACGACGCUGUGGUUGGCCCGGCGGCAUCGGCGGCCGCCACAGCCGCCGCAUCAGUGGCCAGAAAGGCUGCGAUCGCCGCGGUAAGGCGUGGUGGGGGCAGCGGCGACAGUCCGGCGGACGCAGCCGACGCAGAGAACGCAGCGGCGAUAGCGGCAGCGGCGGCAGCGGCGGCGGCAUCGACCACCGGGAUGGCCGAGCUGGGCGGGGGAAGGGUGUGUCGCGCUUGCGGGGGGCCCAGGUUUGGACGCACCGUCUGUGCCAAGUGCGGGGCGAACGCGAAUAGCUGGCGGGGGGAGGUGGACUCCGGAGGAGAAGACGAAGAAGACGAAGAUGUCGUGUGA